GCGACGGGCCACCAAGCCGCUUCUACACACAGCGCGACUGAGCCUCCCGGCGCCUAACGGCGACGCGCUGAAGGUGCAACGUCCGACGUGGUGGCGUCACAGGAACGGUAGCCAAUGAGGCGCGGCGGCGAGCAACCUGGCUUGAGUUUGAAUCUGUCGCGGAGUGUGGAGCGCGCGGAGAGGCGGCUAUUGGAGCGCGGUGGUCGCGGAGCGGAGCUGUGGACCCCGGAAAUAUCGGGCAUUCUUAUAAACAAAUCAGGAUAAUCAAUAAUGUCUGUCCCUGCGGAAGACCUGUGUCACCACAUGAAAGUAGUUAUUCGUGUACGCCCUGAAAAUACAAAAGAAAAAGCAGCAGGACUCCAUAAAGUGGUCCAAGUUGUGGAUAAGCAUAUAUUAAUUUUUGACCCCAAACAAGAAGAAGUCAGUUUUUUCCCUAAAAAGAAAACUACAAAUUUUGAUAUUUCAAAGAGACAAAAUAAAGAUCUUAAAUUUGUAUUCGAUACUGUUUUUGAUGAAACUUCAACUCAAUUGGAAGUUUUUGAACACACUACCAAGCCAAUUCUUCGUAGUUUUUUGAACGGAUAUAAUUGCACAGUACUUGCGUAUGGUGCCACGGGAGCUGGGAAAACCCACACGAUGCUGGGAUCAGCUGCUGAACCUGGAGUAAUGUACCUAACCAUGUUAGACCUCUACAAGUGCAUGGAUGAGAUUAAAGAAGAGAAAAUAUGUAGCACUGCAGUUUCUUACCUGGAGGUAUAUAAUGAACAGAUUCGUGACCUCUUAGUAAAUUCAGGGCCACUUGCUGUCCGCGAGGAUACGCAGAAAGGAGUGGUUGUUCAGGGUCUAUCUUUGCACCAGCCCAGAUCCUCACAAGAAAUUUUACAGCUACUGGAUAAUGGGAACAAAAACAGGACACAACACCCCACAGACGCCAAUGCUACCUCCUCUCGUUCUCACGCAGUUUUCCAGAUUUACUUGCGACAGCAAGACAAAACAGCAAGCAUCAACCAAAACAUCCGCAUUGCCAAGAUGUCGCUCAUAGAUCUGGCAGGGUCCGAACGGGCCAGCUCCACCAGUGCCACAGGGACCCGGUUUGUGGAGGGCACAAACAUUAACAGGUCCCUUUUAGCACUUGGAAACGUCAUCAAUGCCUUAGCAGACACAAAGAAAAAGAAUCAGCAUGUUCCUUACAGAAAUAGUAAGCUUACUCGCUUGUUAAAGGAUUCUCUUGGAGGAAACUGUCAGACUAUAAUGAUAGCUGCUGUUAGUCCUUCCUCUUUAUUCUACGAUGACACAUAUAACACUCUUAAGUAUGCUAACCGUGCAAAGGACAUUAAAUCUUCUCUGAAGAGCAAUGUUCUUAAUCUCAACAAUCACAUAUCUCAGUAUGUAAAGAUCUGUACCGAGCAGAAAGCGGAGAUUUUAAUGUUAAAGGAAAAAUUGAAAGCCUAUGAAGAACAGAAAGCCUACACUGAUAAAAAUGACAAAACAACGUUAAUGAUUUCAAACCCUCAGGACAAAGAAAUCCAAAGAUUUCAAGAAAUUCUUAACUGCUUGUUCCAGAAUCGAGAAGAAAUUAGGCAAGAAUAUCUGAAGUUGGAAAUGUUACUUAAAGAAAAUGAACUUAAGUCAUUCUAUCAACAACAAUGCCAUAAGCAAAUAGAAAUGAUGUGUUCUGAAGACAAAGUAGAAAAGGCCACCUGCAAACGAGAUCAUAGACUUGCAAUGCUGAAAACGCGUCGCUGCUACCUGGAGAAGAAGAGAGAGGAGGAGCUGAAGCAGUUUGAUGAGAAUACCAGUUGGCUUCAUCGAGUGGAGAGCGAAAUGGGACUCUUGGGCCAAAAUGGUCGCAUCCCAAAGGAACUCAGUAAAGAGCUUCACGUUCACCACUUACACCUCCAGAAUAAAGAUUUGAAAGCACAAAUUAGACAUAUGAUCGACCUCGCUUGCCUGCAAGAGCAGCAGCACAGGCAGACUGAGGCAGUACUGAAUGCUUUACUUCCAAGCCUAAGGAGACAGUAUUGCACACUGAAAGAGGCUGGCUUGUCAAAUGCUGCUUUUGAAUCUGACUUCAAAGAAAUUGAACAUUUGGUAGAAAGGAAAAAAGUGGUGGUUUGGGCAGAUCAGACUACUGAACCUCCCAACCAAAAGGAUCUGCCAGGGAUUUCUGUUCUGAUGACCUUUCCACAGCUUGUGCCUGUUCAGUCUAUUCCUUGCACAUCUUCAGGUGAAUCGAAUCUGCUUCAAAUUCCUCCACACAAAAGAACUCGGAGAAAAUUAAUGCCGUCCCCCUUAAAAGCAAAACAUACGGAAAAGUCUGAAACUGUGCAGCUCAAUGACUCUCUCACCAAAGAACUUCAGCCUAUUUUGUAUACUCCAGAGAACUAUAGAAAAACUGUUCCAUAUCCAUCUCCAGUGGCCUUGGUAAAACCAAGCCCACAGACUGCAAGCUUCCCAGCCGUCAGCUCACGUGGAAGCAGUGGUAAUCCUCUGGCCACAUCAGGCGAGACAGACACCCCUCUUCACUGGAGAGCAAAGCGUGGACAGGCCAGUUUGAACUCGACCUUUUCUAUCUGUGAAGAUGCCAGGAGUCUGAAUAGUAAAUUACCCGAGCAAGAAUCGUUACCAAACAACAAAAACGUUUUGGAAAGGCUUGCCCCGCCUUCGCUCUCAACCACACACCCCAUACCUGUGUCAAGCUCGAUGCCGUCCUACAUGGCAAUGACAGCUGCCGCCAAGAAGAAACGGAAGUUAGCCAGUUCCACAUCAAGUAAUCCUUUAACUGCUGAAGAAAAUCAUGGAUUUGCCAAACGUGUUCGACAAGACAAUGCAGGCAAUAAGCUCUUACAAGAAAACAGCUCAACCAUAGGGCACAAAAAAAACAUCCAUAAGCUAAACUCGAACAUGGCUAGGAAAUUUGGAAGAGACAUUUCAAAAGGAAAUGUAAGAUAAGUCACUUCAAAGUCAAGGACAAUGAAACCUGUCGAGUCUGCUUUUGAAAGGGGUUUGUCAGCGUGCUUCCAGAAGUGUGUUUAAAACCCUUGAAAGAAGACCCUCUAGAGCUAUUUACCCAAACAUCUUCAGCAAGCAGAAAAUGAAACUGUUUCCUUUGGUACUUUGAGUAAAUAUAAAAUUUCAACAGAAAAGGUUAUGUCUUAAGUUUCUGAAAUAUUUGUUACCCUUCAAAAUUCCUAACUCAGCCCUGUGGCAGCUCCCUUUUAUAGCAAGUUGAGGGUGAUUUAGAAAGCAGUAGUGAGAUAAAUUAUCCUUACUUUGUUUUUAAAUAAAGAGAACUUAGAAGUGGUAAAAUGAUGGUCCAAGACACACUAGGUCUUCUGUUAAUUUUCCCUGCUUUAGUUUGCUCAUACUUUGGACUGACGUUCCCAGAAGUACCUUGAUGUACAAAUGUAGAUAAGUGCUGUCCAUAAAGUUGCUGUACAUUUUAUUUAAAUGUCUGUAAUAAAAUACUAAUACUUCUUUGCUACUUGAUACAUUAAAGAUACAGAUUUUAAACUUUGA